AUGGUGCUGAUGGUGCUGAUGCUGAUGGUGAUGCUCAUGGUGGCGGGGUGGAGGGGCUAUACGCUCGCCGAGCGCCUCAAUCAUGCUGUCAUCAUUGCACAAACCCUGGCACAGCUGCAUGAAGAGGGCAUCGUGCACUGCCUGGCACAUUUCAAGGAUGCACGCUUUGGCGCCGGCGAGGGCGCUGUCCUGCUAAUGCUUGCAAAAGCCAUGCCUACAUCUACCCCGGACUCGCCUGUGGCCGCUAUCUUGCAGCGUGGACCUGACCCUCAGGUGGUUCAGCAGCAAGACAUUUAUCAGCUCGGUCUUUUGACGGCCUAUCUCUGCCUCUUACCUGAUGCGGAGCGCAUGACCAUUGAAGCCGAUGGCUUGGUGGGGCGUUGCAAUUCUUGGCUGGGAAGCUGCCCUGAUGCUCUGCUUGAUGUCAUUCAAUCUUGUACUAUUGCUGAGGCUGCGUAUCGGCCGGAUGCGGCUACGGUGGCUGCUGCCCUGGACGAAAUUAUCAUGAAAUUGCAGGGGGAUUUGGACAGCCAUCCCUCUUAUGUGUAA